GGUACAGGUAAGGGCGGACUGACAACUCAUGGGGCCCCCUGCAAAUAGGGGAUCAUGGGGCCCCUGUGUCCUUGCCCAAACUCAAAAAAGCCUAUGAAAAAAGGUACCAGGGGCAUCUCAUGGGGCCCCCUACUGACCCCGGGCCCUCAGGCAGUGCCCGAGUUUCCAAAUGGUCAGUCCGCCCCUGGCUCCUGCAGACCCCUGGGUAGGCAGUUACUUGAGAGCAGAAAGAUCCAUGAACUACAAGAGCGUUCAUCAGAACCCUCAUAG